AUGCAAGGUGGUAACGCGUGUACAGAAAUCGCUCUGCUCGGCACAGCGUUGUUCAUGAUUGCGUUCGGGCUCGGUAGCUUGGUCAGCGCGCCCUUCUCUGAAAUCCUGGGCAGAAACCAUGUGUACAUUGCCAGUCUAAUCAUAUUUGCUCUCUUCGCCAUGGGAGCUGGACUUGCACCAGGAAUCAGCUCGUGGCUUGCAUGCCGCUUCUUUGCUGGCCUGUUCGGCUGUCCCCCCCUUACGAACUUUGGCGGCACAACAGCAGACCUGUGGUCGCCAGUCGAGCGCACCUAUGUAUUUCCCUUGCUUCUCUGCUUAUGUUUUCUGGGGCCUUUCCUUGCACCAAUGGUCGCAGCUUUCAUGGGGACUAGUCCGCUGAUCAGCUGGCAAUGGACAGAAUGGCUCACAUUGAUCCUAACCGGUACUCUAUUGUUGUCUAUCUUGCUUUUCGUUCCAGAGACAUUCGCUCCAGUACUCCUUAAAUGGAAAGCGCAGGCGCUGCGUAAGGCUACUGGCAAUGAGCUGUACCGCUCAGAGCACGAGAUCGAAGCCAUUCAUCUCUACCGAAAACUCCAGCGCAGCGUCAAGUUACUCCUGAAGUUCUUGCUUACUGAGCCGAACAUCCAGAUCUUCUCGCUGUACAUGGCCGUCAUCUACACGGUCCUAUUUGGCUUCCUGCCAGGUCGUGAGUUCAUAUUCGGUAGCACUGGGAUCUAUGGACUGAACCAGGCACAUACAGGCCUUUGCUAUAUCGUGAUCAAUAUAGGGUUCCUCCUCUCGCUUUUUACCAUAUGGCCCAUCCACAUCCGAUUCAAACGUAGGAAUUCUGAGGCUCACGAGCAAGGAAAACAAAAAGUGGUGCCAGAAGAGAGACUCACCCACGCGAUUGUUGGAGCACCUCUUCUGCCUAUCAGCAUUUUCUGGAUAGGUUGGACAAGUUGGCCUAAUGUCAGUCACUGGUCGCCCUUGGUAGGCAAUGUAGCUUUUGGCUACGCUAUAAUGCAACUUUACAUCUCAAGCUAUCAGUACAUUAUUGAUAGCUACGGGAUUUUAUCGGCGAGUGCUCUGGUGGGCAUGACAGUAACACGAUACUGCGUGGCCGGCCCUAUGGUUAUCGUCUCGGUGCCAAUGUACGAAAACCUAGGUGUGCACUGGACUCUCACAUUGUUGGGGUGUCUCGCAGCACCCCUAGCACCCGUGCCGUAUCUCUUCAUGUACUACGGUUCUAUAGCCAGAAAGAAGAGCAAAGGUGCUACAGACUUUGAAUAA